AUGGCUGUCAAGAUAGGGAUGGAGGAGAAGGGAGGGCGGGGGGGGGGUGCUGAUGCUGCAGAUCCCCUCCCCCCCACUGCUGCACUGGCAGCAGGGGAAUGGAGGAGAAGGGGGGGGGGCGGGGAGGGGGGGGGUGGUGCUGCAGAUCCAUUCCUGCCACCCCCUUACCCACCAAGAUCCCGCCACCCCCAUACCCCCCCCCCCACUGCUGCACCCACAGCAGGGGGAUGGAGGAGAAGGGAGGGAGGGGGGGGCGGGGGGGGGUUGGAGGGGGGUGCGAGGGGCACUCACGAGGGGGUGCAAGGGGCACUCACGAGGGGUGUGCGGGGGGCACCCACGAGGGGGUGCAAGGGGCACUCACGAGAAGGUGCAAGGGGCACUCACGAGGGGGUGCGAGGGGCACCCACGAGGGGGUGCGAGGGGCACUCACGAGGGGGUGCAAGGGGCACUCACGAGGGGGUGCGAGGGGCACCCACGAGGGGGUGCAAGGGGCACUCAAGAGGGGGUGCAAGGGGCACUCACAAGGGGGUGCGAGGGGCACCCACGAGGGGGGUGCGAGGGGCACUCACGAGGGGGUGCAAUGGGCACUCACGAGGGGGUGCGAGGGGCACCCACGAGGGGGUGCGAGGGGCACUCACGAGGGGGUGCGAGGGGCACCCACGAGGGGGGUGCGAGGGGCACCCACGAGGGGGUGCAAGAAGCACUCACGAGGGGGUGCGAGGGGCACCCACGAGGGGGUGUGAGGGGCACUCACGAGGGGGGUGCAAGGGGCACUCACGAGGGGGUGCGAGGGGCACCCACGAGGGGGUGCAAGGGGCACUCACGAGGGGGUGCGAGGGGCACCCACGAGGGGGUGCAAGGGGCACUCACGAGGGGGUGCAAGGGGCACUCACGAGGGGGUGCGAGGGGCACCCACGAGGGGGUGCGAGGGGCACUCACGAGGGGGUGCGAGGGGCACCCACGAGGGGGUGCGAGGGGCACUCACGAGGGGGUGCAAGAGGCACCCACGAGGGGGUGCAAGGGGCACCCACGAGGGGGUGCGAGGGGCACUCACGAGGGGGUGCAAGGGGCACUCACGAGGGGGUGCGAGGGGCACUCACGAGGGGGGUGCAAGGGGCACUCAGAUACCCUCCUCCCACUGCUAUGGAGGAGAAGGGGGGGGGGGGGGGGGGGGGGGCGGUGUAG